AUAAUUUCAAUUUUGGGAUAAUCAUCAGAACCUUCAACGAGUCAUUGUCGUUGAAGAAUUGAAGAUGACAAGUCCGAGAAUCGUUAUCCAUGCGGACUUGAAAAAUUAUCCUUAGGAGAUUUUUCCUGACCUAUCCUCGCGUCGCGCCUUCUUGUCUUCUCUCUCAAUCCAGCAUAUUCCUACGCAAAUCCCUUAUCGUUUUCAUGUUUGUCCUGGUUUAAAUCUUCAAUCUCCUACCCGGUCUUUUCAUCCUCCGAUGGCAUUCCUUGUUCGUUCGCCGGAGAUACCCACCGUCUCGGCGAGAAUCUUCUCCGAUGCGAAUUCGAGUGUUAUUAGUCAUGUGUUUAUGAGGAGGAAGGCUACGGUUUCGGCGAUUGACGCCAGAGAUUUGCCUGGUGUUAAGAAUCCGAAAUCGAGAUUGUACUGGCAAUUCUCAGCUCCGGUGAAAGAAGACUACAAGAUUAGCAGAGAGGAGGAAGAAGAAGAAGAAGAAGAUAAGCAGAGUUACUACGUGAAUAUGGGUCACGCCGUUCGUAGUAUCAGAGAAGAGUUUCCUUUGUUGUUCUACAAAGAGCUUAAUUUUGACAUUUACAGGGAUGAUAUUGUUUUCAAAGACCCUAUGAACACUUUCAUGGGAAUUGAUAACUACAAAUCCAUAUUUGGGGCCUUACGUUUCCAUGGAAGGAUCUUCUUCAGAGCACUAUGUGUGGACAUUGUUAGUGUUUGGCAACCCACAGAGAACACUCUGAUGAUACGAUGGACUGUUCAUGGAAUUCCUCGUGGUCCGUGGGAGACUCGUGGUCGAUUCGAUGGUACUUCUGAGUAUAAAUUCGAUAAGAAUGGCAAGAUUUAUGAGCAUAAAGUCGAUAACAUAGCCAUUAAUUCGCCUCCAAAGUUUCAAAUGCUCACUGUUCAAGAGCUUGUUGAAGCCAUUAGCUGCCCUUCGACUCCCAAGCCGACCUACUUUGAGUUCGGAGAUUGAUUCAUCAUCAUCGUCUGAAACAUCAUGCUGGUGUUAUGUAUACUAGUAGUCUUUUGUGUGGUUAUAAAUAGAGUGGUACUGUAAUAUAGAUGAAGAAGGAACGAUUUAAAAUAAACCCAAUAGCAUGAAUACAUUACACGCUUUUUUUGCGUAUAAUAAUCAAUAAAACGCCUAUAUGUACAUAAAUUUGUAAAAUAACAGUAUAGCAUCAUGAUACAUAAAUAUGUUGACUUUGAUUACUAUUAUAUUUUGAUUCAAAAAUAUUGACAAGUCACUGCAACUCCAUGAGGCACCGAAACUAGUAAGCCUGGUUGUGGAACUUGGUCCACGAAGUCGUGUUGACGGUAGAUGUCAAAAAGAGUUGACAAGGCAGUUAAGCAAGG